CCGAUGUUUUCUGGACUUUUAUCAACGGUUUCAAUCUUGGUGGUGGUGACGUUAUGGCUUUUACUAGAAUUUUCUUUCGUCCGCGGACAAGCCCAAUAUCGAUUAAAGCAACUUCGACCAGGUCGACCGAUCAAGCAGCUCUUGCUGAAGUCUGGGCCGGAGUGUCCUUUUCCGUACUUCCCGAAUGGUGUGGCUAAACCAAGGCAGCGAAAUAAAAUGGUUCGGUUCACAUGUGCCAGUGGAUUCACGCUAGUUGGAAAUAUGUACUCGAUGUGCGAAAAAGGCCGCUGGGAUACGCCAAUUCCGAUAUGCAUCAGAUCUGGGUGUCCGGAAUUGGCGGCCGUCGAGAACGGUCAGAUUUCGUACGAACACGGACAAGCGGCCGGAAUGUUGUUUUGCAGUAGCGGUUACCAAGUAGCUGGUUCGGCAAAGGCUUACUGCAACGGAACGCACUGGGAUCGUCCAUUGGGAAGUUGUCGACAGACUGGGAUAACCACCCAGACGGCCUGUGAUUUCGAAGUCGUUGAUUACUGUGGAUGGGUUAACGAGGCAACACAUGAUUUCGAUUGGAAACGAAGCGACGGAAUUGUAUCGCAGAAGGCUCUGAAAACUGGCCCGAAGUACGAUCAUACCACCAUGACGCCAUUGGCCGGUCAUUUCAUGAUGGUGGACUCUUCAGAACAGUUUACGAAUGAAACUGCCCGCAUGCUUUCUCCAGUAUAUACUUCCAACUACAGUGUGAAUGCCUGUUUCCUCUUUUACUACCACAUGUUCGGUGAUGCGGUAGGAACUUUGUCGGUAUAUGUGAAGCCAGUAACGCAACAGUUGGAUAGUUUGGUUCUCGAUGACGCUUUCUUCACUAUCAACGGAAAUCAACGGAACGUUUGGAACGAGGGUUAUUUCGAAAUACGUCAGCAAACGGAAAGUUUUCAAAUUAUAAUCGAGGCAUCUCUAGGGAUGAAGUAUAAGAGUGAUAUAGCAAUUGAUGACGUUAGUUUACUGACCGGUGAAUACUGCCGUCCGACAAAGGUGGAAGGUGAUGACAUUGAAGUAGAUCCAACUGCGGUUCCAGAGGAUGUGCCACCUGAGGCUACUGAAGAUAAAAAUAUUUUCGAAAUUGAUUCUUGUGAAAAUCGGUGCGGAAAGAACGUGUCUCAUGUAAUGAAAAACACCAACCAAAAUGCCGUAAGCUGUGAUUGCUACGAAACUUGCAUAGAUAUGAAAACUUGCUGUCCGGACUAUGCAGAACGAUGCGUAUUUAAUGACACGUUGGUUCCGAGCUCUACACCAUACAGUACAGUUUCAACCACAACACAAAUCACUAGUACUACGACUGCUUCACCAACAACCUCGACCACUACAAAACCUGUAACUUCACCGACCCCAACUACGUCCACUUCAACUACUCCUACCGUAACCACGCCCACCACGACCAGUACUGUCCGCACAUCUACGAAAACUACGGAAAAAACAACGACCACCUCAACUACGCCACCAUCGUCAAGCUCUAGCACUCAAAAAACCUACAAUCUCAGACCACGCAACAUGACGGUAAAACCGGUCUUCGUUCCGAUGGUUCGAACACGAAAACCGAAAACCACGACCUCUCUUGGGACUACCGUACCAGAAACGGUCAUGCCCACGACGGAAAUGGUUACGCUGAAGUUGAUCGCUCGUUUCCGAGAGUCCGUUGAGGCUCCCCAUUCGAUGCUGGAAUUUGGUGACGUGAAACCUAACCUGACACAUGUGUUCCUGUUUACCGGACUAGGAAUCGUUGCCUUUGGUUCUGUGGUAUUACUGAUAACGCUGCACAUCCGACGCAAUUCUGGAGCGAGCGUUCUAAAUCGUUUGAAGCAAAAAUCCAUGAAGAAGAACUCUGGCAGCACCGAAGGAUUCGAGGACGUACGAUUCUUAGCAGCGGAUGAGCAUCUUGACUUUAGCAUUCCGGAUGACGCGGAAGAGGCGUGUGAAAAUAGCGAGUGUAUCGGUGGGGAGGAACCGCCGAAGACAAGUGCGAAGAAGGCCAAUAGAAAGGGAAAGCAGUAGUUAUCGCUGUACGACGUAUUAG